AUAAGACGCAUACAAGAUGGCCUCUAGUAAUAAAUUCAAGAAUGACUUCUUGAAGAUGUCUGUUCCUGCUUAAUACCGAUAUGUCAAAAAAAGCCUACGAUGCUAGAUAUAUGUCAUACCCUAAAUUUUGACCUAAGGUCCCACUGAUGCGCGUCACUUGACUCUGAUCGAUCUUUGAUUUUUUCAGUGAAAAUUCGGCAGAGAGGUAUUUUAAAAUACCUCAUUUUUGUUCCGAUUGCGGGCCCUCUCCUCACUUUUUUUAUUUAUUAGUCUUUUAGUUUUAUUUGUUUUAAUUUUACCUUUAUCUUUGAUUAUCAUUACUUCCAUUUUUAGGUCUUAUUUUUCUCUUUCUUUUUUUUUCUUUUUUUCUUUUUGUGAUAAUAAAUGUCAAAGAAUAAUAAAGUGUCAAUAGGUUAGAUUUUUAUUUUUUUUUCCGAGGUCCAUUCUCUCAAACACGCCACUCCAUCAGUGCCAAAAGUCAGAUUAUUCUUUCCAAAUCAAGCUCAAACGCGUUUCAGCCUUUAACAGUCACUUAAUCACCCAUCAAGCCGAUUCAUGGUCCUUUAAUCUAUUUCCUUUUAAGAAUUUGUAUUAGCCUUUAAAAGAAAGAGAGGAAAUCAGAACUGUUCACGGACAAUUUCCACAACCAAAAAACACAAAAAAACCCUAGCCGCAAACAGAUAAAAAACCCUGGCCGCAAACCUGUAGACGAAAAAAUCAGAAACCUGCAUCAACAAUUUCCCACACAAGCCAACACCAUAAACCACCAAUUUCAAUACGAAACUCAAUCAACCAAAACCCUUCCUCGAAACCCUUAACCACACACAACACAACCGAUCGGACAAAAAAAUACGAGACAAAUCGGACCCAGCAACACCGUCGACGAGCUCAAACCGAACACCAUAGGACUGUUUCCGAGUCACCAUCGCGUCGAACCUAUCAGGGACAAACGGACCAGAAUCAUAACCACCUCGUCGCAGAUCGAAGAGAAAGGAAAGAUAUGAGGAGCCUUAGGCAGUAUAGUUUCAGGAAGCCGGAUCUUUUGAGUUUGAGGAAGCUAGGGAAGAAAGUGCUUUGUACGGAUGACUUUUUCGAGCAACAUGGAAAUUUGCUGGGUGUUGUUAAGACGGAUAUCGACGAAGGGCUUCUCAAUGCUUUUGUCCAGUUCUAUGACCCGGGCUACCAUUGCUUUACUUUUCAAGAUUACCAGAUCCUUCCCACCUUGGAGGAGUACUCUUGUUGGAUUAAUCUACCAGUGUUGGACAAAGUACCUUUCAGUGGCCUCGAGGAAACUCCCAAACACUCAACCAUUGCCGCAGCCCUCCAUCUUGAAACGGACGAAGUGAAAACACAUCUCAUCACCAGGGGGAAAUUUUUGGGUUUCUCCACUGAUUUCCUUUACGAAAGGACCACAUUCUUUGACAAAAUGGGGGUUGCCUAUGCUUUUAACUCUAUCCUUGCCUUGCUUGUUUAUGGCCUCGUACUCUUCCCUAGCCUCGACAACUUUGUGGACAUCAAGGCCAUCCAAAUUUUCUUGUCAAGGAACCCUGUCCCUACCUUAUUAGGUGAUACCUAUCUCUCCAUCCAUAGACGUACCCAAGCUGGUCGUGGAACUAUCCUUUGUUGUGCACAAUUGUUAUAUCGGUGGAUCACCUCUCACUUACCCCGAACUCCUCGCUUCACCACCAAUCCAGAAAACCUUCUUUGGUCAAAAAGACUCAUGUCCCUUACUCCAGCCGAAGUAGUGUGGUACGACCGGGUUUAUGACAAAGGAACUAUUAUUGACAGUUGUGGGAAAUUCGCCAAUGUACCACUUCUUGGUAUGGAGGGAGGAAUUAGCUACAAUCCUACACUUGCCAGACACCAGUUCGGAUAUCCCAUGGAAAGGAAGCCUCUCAGCAUCUAUCUAGAGAAUGUGUAUUACCUCAACGCAGAUGACAGUACAGGCAUGAGGGAGCACGUCGUGCGAGCUUGGCACACCAUUCGUAGAAGAGAUAAAGACCAGUUAGGAAAAAAGACAGGUGCCAUUCAUCAAUCGUACACUCAGUGGGUAAUAGAUAGAGCUGUCCAAAUCGGGAUGCCUUACAAGAUAUCAAGGUUAUUAUCUGCAAUCACUCCAGCACCACCCCUACCUAUGACCUUUGACACCGAGAAAGAGUACCAAGAGCGUUUAACCGAAGCGGAACGUGAGAUACAUAGGUGGAAAAGGGAGUAUCAGAAGAAGGAUCAGGAUUAUGAGACUGUAAUGGGCCUGCUGGAGCAAGAAGCCUAUGAUAGCCGAUAGAAAGAUGUGAUAAUCGCCAAGCUGAAUGAAAGAAUCAAGGAGAACGAUGCCGCCCUUGAUCGAAUUCCCGGGCGAAAGAAGAGGCGUAUGGAUCUCUUUGAUGGUCCACAUUCUGACUUUGAGGAUUAGGCCGCUUCAGGAGCUUGAGAGUCUCUCAGUUUGUCUUUCAGGUCAUUUUCUAGUUUUCCUUUAUGUAUUUUGGAGUCUAUCCCUUGACUCAGUUUGUUAAAAGGGAAUUAUCUUUGUUUUACUUUAAAGUCUAUCCCUUGGCUUUGUUGUUAGGAAGGGAAUUAUCUUGUAAUCA